CUAGGUGAAAUGGGCUGUCUUGGAGGGAAGACGGAGGAAGAAAGACUGGAUGAAAAAGCCAAAAGAGAAGCAAACAAGAAGAUUGAGAGACAACUGCAGAAAGAGAGACAGGCGUAUAAGGCGACCCACAGACUGUUACUACUGGGUGCAGGUGAAUCAGGUAAAAGUACAAUAGUGAAACAGAUGAGGAUUCUUCACGUCGACGGAUUCAACACAGAAGAGAAACAGCAGAAGAUUCAGGACAUCAGGAAAAAUGUAAAGGAUGCCAUAGUGACCAUUGUGUCCGCCAUGAGUUCACUGACUCCACCCAUUCCUCUGGGUAACCCUAACAACCAGGUCAGAGUCGACUACAUCAAAAGCAUCGCACCACUGUCUGACUUCGAGUACACAGAGGAGUUCUUUGAGCAUGCUCAGAAGCUGUGGGAAGAUGAUGGCAUCAAGGCGUGUUUUGAACGAUCCAAUGAAUAUCAGCUGAUUGACUGCGCUCAGUACUUCUUGGACCGGUUGGACUCCGUUAGAAGAAAUGACUACACCCCUACUGACCAGGAUUUACUUCGUUGCAGAGUUUUGACUUCAGGGAUUUUUGAAACCAGGUUUCAGGUUGACAAAGUCAACUUUCAUAUGUUUGAUGUUGGAGGACAGAGGGACGAACGCAGAAAAUGGAUCCAGUGCUUUAAUGAUGUGACAGCCAUAAUCUUUGUGGCAGCGAGCAGCAGCUACAACAUGGUGAUCCGAGAAGACAACUCCACCAAUCGGCUUAGAGAGUCUCUGGACCUCUUCAGAUCUAUUUGGACAAACAGGUUUUUGAAGACCAUCUCAGUCAUCUUGUUCCUGAAUAAACAGGAUGUUCUGGCUGACAAGAUUCUGGCAGGAAAAUCUAAACUGGAGGAUUAUUUCCCUGAAUACAACAACUACACCGUCCCAGCAGACACUGUUUCAGAGACUGAUGAAGAUCCCAGAGUCACUCGAGCAAAGUUUUUCAUCAGAGACGAGUUUCUGAGGAUCAGUACUGCCAGUGGCGAUGGGAAACAUUACUGUUAUCCUCACUUCACCUGCGCCGUUGACACUGAAAACAUCCGUCGUGUUUUCAAUGACUGUCGCGACAUCAUCCAGCGGAUGCACCUGCGGCAGUAUGAGCUCCUCUGAUUGGCUGUCAGCACUCACAUAGCUCAACUUCCUGAUGGCUCUGACAAACAAUCAAUGCUGAUAGAUCCUGGUAUAUUUAUGCUGACAUUUAUCUGCUAGUUUCAGAUGGACUGUGAUUGAUUAGUGAUUAGUGAUAAAUAGACGUUUCUAUGUGAGCUGGAUCUAAGGAUAUACACUUAAUAUUGUUACCAUGGCAACAGUGUCAUAAGUAAAGGGGAUGGAGUUUAGAAAAGCAGAAGAUUAUACUCUAUGUAUAUUUUUUCAUGUUUCUGAUACCGUUA